AUGAGAAUCUUACCCAAUAAUUACUUUGGUUGGAUCCUGGUUGUGGUAGAUAUGACAGAUGAAGAAGUUUUACAAUACAGUGGUUUAGAUGCUUACGUGUUUCUUAUGUUUUUCAAGCUCGGUAUCAAAAUAUUCUUUCAAUUUUCAGUAUUAGCUGUACUUGUUUUAAGCCCUGUAAGAUAUUAUUACACUGGUCAUUACGAUAAAGAUGAAAUCCCAUGGAUUGCUAGUGCUAUGGAAAUCACCGGGUAUAAGUUCCCGUUGGCCAAUGUCAUUAUAUCCGAUGAUGAUGAUGAUUUACCCAUACCUGAUUUUGGUGAUGAUUUCCCUCAAUUCUUAUGGGUUUAUCCGGUGUUUGCUUAUAUUUUCUCCAUUUUAUGUUAUUUUCAUAUCCAUGAUUACACUAAAAGAGUCAUUAAGGCUAGACAAAAGUAUCUUGCUUCCCAAGAUUCCAUAACUGACAGGACCAUUAAGAUUGAUGGAUUACCUAAACUGUUAUUAAAGCAGAAAACCACUGAUGUUUUGAAAGAUUUUGUUGAAGAUUUAGGUAUUGGUAAAGUAGAAGAGAUUAAGAUGAUUUACGAUUGUCAGCCCUUAGAUCAAAAGAUAUCUCAACGGAAGAAAAUGAUUCGGAAGGUCGAAAGAUACUUAGCUAGGAAAUUCAAGCUCCAGAUUAAUAUUUAUCGGGGGGAUUUGCCUACUGUGAAGAUUUUAAAGCAAGUGAACUUACAAGACACUAAGUUCUUGACAUAUAUGGGGAGAUUGAAAGCUUUAGAUGAAGAGAUUCAAUCUAUUCAGGAGAAUUAUCGUGAACAUUUCAAUAAUAAUUUGAUUUUACAUGAUGACCCCAUCUUUAAACAACUUCCAUGUGCUUUUGUAACUAUGGAUAGUGUAGCUUCAGCACAAAUGGCGGCACAAACGGUGUUAGAUCCAAGAGUUUAUAAAUUGAUGGUAAAUUUAGCCCCAGCUCCUACAGAUAUCAAAUGGGCUAAUUUGAAGUUAACUUAUUAUGAGAAGUUAUUCAAAUCUUACUUCAUCACCUUCGUGAUCAUCUUGAGUUAUUUCCCGAUCUUGUUCAUAGUAACUUCAUUAUCUACAUUAUUGGACUUGAAAUCCAUUUCUAAGAUUUGGCCAGAAUUGGGAGAAAUCAUUAAGAAAUCUAAUUGGCUAACAACUAUCGUCACUGGUAUUUUACCCCCACUUUUAUAUUCCUUAUUGAACUUGACAUUACCAUACUUUUAUAGGUUCUUGUCACAACACCAGGGGUAUUCGUCUAAUAGUGACGUUGAGUUAUCAACAUUACUGAAGAACUUUUUUUACAUAUUCUUCAAUUUCUUCUUGGUGUUCAUUAUAACAGGAACUAUCUGGGAUUACUUCUCCUUUAUCAGAGAUACUGCCAAAAUCCCUUACCAAUUAGCAUCAUCUUUAAAGAAGAAAUCAUUGUUUUAUAUUGAUUUGAUUCUUUUACAAGGAUUGGGGAUGUUCCCCAUAAGAUUGUUACAAUUCGGGGAUGUGGUGUUUUUAAACAUCUUCGGAAGGAUCUUAUUCUUGAAAGAUUUGAUCUUGAAAACUCCUAGAGAUUAUCGAUUCUAUUAUUUCACUCCUCCAGUGUUUGACUUUGGUAUCCAAUUACCUCAACAUAUCCUUAUCUUUAUCAUCAUUGUAAUUUAUUCUGUGGUAUCAACAAAGAUUGUUACCUCAGGAUUGGUAUACUUCAUUUUGGGGUAUUUGGUAUACAAAUACCAAUUGGUGUAUAAUUAUGUUCAUCCACCUCAUUCUACAGGGAAAGUAUGGCCCAUUAUAUUCCGUAGAUUAAUGUUAGGUUUAACAUUAUUUCAAUUGUUCAUGUUUGGAACUUUAGCUUUAGAAGGAGCUUUAUUGUUAUCGAUUCUAAUCUUGCCGUUAUUGGCAGUGACAUUGAUUAUGUCGUAUAACUAUGAAAAGUAUUACUUACCAUUGAAUAAUUUCAUUGCUUUGAGAGCUAUACAAAGUCCUUAUGAAUUCGAUAAAGAGUUCGAAGAUGAUGGUAGUUCUCAUGAUAUUAUGGGAUUGGCUCACGGAAUGAGUCUUAUAAAUGACUUCACCGUGGAUAACUUGAAUUUACAUCAACAUCAAGUGGAUAUUAGUGAUCAGAGUUCAAAUGUUGGGUCUGGCCAUCACACUCCUACCAUUAAUGAAAGUUCAAUGCUUGUUAAUGGAGAUUAUUCGGUAGAUUAUGUGACCAUUCCUAAUUCCAACCUUCGUAGAAGAAGAAUCAGUACUAUCGAUGAAGAGAGAGAACAGUUCCUCAACUAUACUUACCCCAAUCUUACAGUUGAUUUGGAUGGUCCAUGGUUGGAAUUUGUUGGAGAUAAUGUGACGAUGAUAGAUAAUGAAUUGAAUGUUAAGAAUAAGAAUUUAAUAGUUUCAGAAUGGGAAUAG